AUGUCUUCUCCUUUUCCUUUUCUUACACAAACUACUGGUAAAAUACAAGCAUUUCCUCCAAGAGUUUUAAACAUUACAGAAGGGGGUAGUAUUAUCGAGUGUCAUAUUCAAAUUACUGAUGGUAAGUAUGGUCAAGAUGACAUUUUAGAAUUUACUUCAUUUUUAUUUAUAAAGAAAAAUCAAACUUCUUCUCAUGGGUAUUUAGUUUCAAAAGUUAUUACUCCUACCCCUGUAAGAAUUAUACGAAGAUCUAUUGUAACACAUAACAUUACAAAGUUUAUUGACUCUUUACCUUCUCUUAAUGUUAUUCUUCCUUUAGAAGACAUAAAACGUAAUUCAGAAAAUAUCACUAUCAAUGGUACAUUAAAUUGGAAUGAUAAAAUUAUGCAUUUCACAUUAUGUCCUCUUAAUAAAAAAGAAUUAGAGGAUAGUGCCUUACCAUAUCUUGGGCUUGUUCUUAUUCUUGCAAUUAUUCAAGCCUUUGCAUUUGUUAAACAAAUGGAUUAUGCUAAAACUGAAAGUUCAUUAAAACGAUCAUCAUACAACACUAUAGUAUUUAUGGCAACAAGUGAUGCGUUUGUGUGUCAUGUUCAUGUAUACCUUGCUUCAUUAUUUACGCCAUCUUCAUUAGCUUUUAGGUUUUCUAUUUUAUUAUCAUUCUUAUAUUUUAUGAUAUUUUCUGUAUAUGAUGUCAAAUAUAUAUUUACAAUAUGGAAAUCACAAUAUGGAACAGUCUCACAACGUUCUGCAAUGUUAUUAUAUUUAAGGUUAUAUGCUACAUUAUUUAUUUUAUUUAUAUUAUCAGUUUUUUCAUUACAUUAUUUUCUCAUAGUUUGUUUUUCCUUAUGGAUACCUCAAAUUUAUCAGAAUAUUAUUACAAAUAAUUCUCAAGUUAUUUCAUUACAUUAUAUUAUUAUUACUACAUUUCCACGAUGUGUUUUAGUACUUUAUUGGUUUGCCUUUCCUUAUAACUUUAUGAAUUAUAGAGUUGAUGGAAUAUUAGUUAUAACUCUUUUUUCACUUGUUUUCCUACAAGUCCUUGUGAUUGUUAUUCAAAAACGAUUUGGUGCUCGUUGUUUUAUACCAAAAUUUAUUCAAAAAUUAUGUAUAAAUGAAGAGUAUAAUUACCAUCAUGGAUGGAGUGAUAUUGCUAAAAUAAGAGGUGCUUUAGAGUGUGUUAUUUGUAUGGCACCAAUAGAAAACACUCAUAUGGAGACAGGAUGUCCUGAAAUAGUUGUAACACCUUGUGGACAUGUUUUUCAUACUGAUUGUUUAGCAUCAUGGAUAGAUUAUAAGAUGGAUUGUCCAACAUGUAGAACGUCAUUAGAGGGAGUUUUCUAA